UAAGUUGGAACUUAAUCUCGCUUUAUCAAGAUGGGGUCUUGUAUGAGCAUGAUUUGCCAGUGUCAUCUCUGUAGGUGUUGUGAAUGCGGUCCCCCAUGUUACUGUUGUCGAUGCUGCAAACACUGGUUCGGAGAUUGGUGGAUGUGCAGUGACUGCUGUGAAGAUUUCUCUGAUGAAGAGUAUUACCCAGUUAAUCCAACGAAAAACGAUAAAGAAGCGCCACCGGAUGACGGAGAAGGGAUGUAUAAAUAUCCGAACGGGGACGUGUACGUCGGCGAAUGGAGACGGGGCAAGCGACAUGGCUAUGGAGAACUUGUAAAGAAAGACGGAACGCAGUGAGUAGUCACGUACUGCAAACCUUGAUGUUUAGUUUAUGUUCAAUUCAGAGUUUACUUAAACAAACGCUUGUGAGGUACAAUCGAGGCAUUCAAACACUGCUUCUGUUCUAUUUUGUUCUAGAAUAUUAUUAACUGUUGUUUUGAAAACAUUCAGUUUAUUUUGACGGUUAAAUUGACAACGGAGUCGAAUGAAAAAUUUCGCAAUUAGUUUAACAUGUCACGCCAGACUGCUUCAAGCCAAGAGCGCUGUAAGUUCCCCGGAAAAAGUGAAAAAAAGGUUCAUUAAUCAUUUUUCUUUGCUCAUCGACGAAGCAAUGGUCAUUGUUGUUCUUAUUGUUUAAAAAUUGGUUUGUCUUUGUUUUUUUUUUUACAUUAAGCAUUUUCAUAGGGAGCACGUCACAUCGGAUUGAUAUUCGAGCGCGUCUUGAACGAAAGUUCGAGUGACUCAGAAAAUGUCGAAAUAAUAUCCUAAGAGUGCAGCCAUUUGAAAUUUCGCAGUAAAUUUUACCAAGACCAGUAUUGUGAAUAAGCUCAAUUUUGUUGUUUAUCUUUCAAGCAUUAAUCUCAAAGUUAACAUGGCUACUUAAAAAGUCAGAUUGGUUUAUUGACGAGAAGGCGGCUGUCGAAACGAGAAACUGGUAUUGAACACAAUUUACAUGAACUUUCUUGAAGAAUACCCCGUCGAAGGUUUUUGAAACUGGGCAAAAAGAUCACCGCUUAGGGGUUCCUUUUUGAUAAAAGUCUUGUUGAUACUUUAAAAGCUUACUGCUGCUACUUAGUUUCAUGUCUGGCGUUUAAUGUACAUCAAAACCCACUAGAAAUGGGGCAAUUCAAACUACAUUCUUGAGAUAGAAGCAGAGCAGAGUGAAGACUUUUCUAGAGAGGAGAAAAAACUAUUUAUGGUACCGACGUGUAGGUUCAUUUCGGCGAUUGAUCAUCUGGUUGCCCUCUCGACUGAUAUAUUCAAAAAUGCAGAUUUGGUAUGGCACCGUUGAAUGAUCAUUUUUUUGGACUUAAAUUUUACACGGUGCAAUAUUUUUUAUCAUAUCGGGUUCCAAAACAUUUCCAUCAGUUUUAAAAACAGGGUGUGUUUGUAUUCGAUCUUUAAAACACGUCAAGACCUUGACAAUGGGAUAAAUCAUAUAACUUUCAGUUGCCUAACAAAGUUAGACGACAAAGGAGAAAUUUGCAAUUCAAUUUGUUAAUUCAACUUAAAGUACUUUUUGUUGAUAUUCAAAUUUUGGAUGAAAAAUGAUAUUAUUCCUAAGGUUUUGAACGUUGUGGAGAUCGAUGAGUGAUUUCCGUCUUCUCUCUGUUCGUGUUAAUUGGAACUUCUGCCCAUCAACUUAAAUUUAUUUUCUAACCGUUUAACACUCAAAUAUCAUAUCAAAUAUGCAAGCUUUUGCCCGGACGAGACAUACUCUGCCAUCUAAUAUCGAGUGAACCUAAUUACGUCACUAUGGUAACAUCAGCUUUCACCAAAAUUCUCAAGUUCUUGUAAUUUUUUCUUCAGUCCACAUUAUCGCUUUCAUGGGAAAGGUGUUAACUCGACAAAACAAUAAGUUCCAUUUGUAUUCUCGAAAAUACCUGAAAAACGAUAAUCUCUUGAUUCAUUUCAAGAUCUUUAGAGGUUCAAGUAAGGUUUUUGCGCUCUUGAAUAUCCGUAGAUCUAGAGCGUUCUGAAAAGAUAUCGAAACAAAUCUAUAGUAACAUUUCACUCGCUCCAAUCCCUACUAUUUGAGUCAUUAUUGGAAAAACGUAUCAAGUCCUUAUGUAAGUGCGAGAUCUUUAUCAAUUAAAAAAAACAGCUUUCUGUCCAAUGAAAUUAACAAUUGGGGGCAGGAAGUUAUGUUGCCCCACGCAUUCUGUUGAAUACAUGAAAAAACAUCUUGUUUUACAAGAAUGCAUUUAUAUCUGUUGUGCUCAGACUUAAUAUUCUUCUUUAUCUCCCGCAGCUUUAAAUGAUAAUUAUUAUUUUUUACAUCUGUUGAUUGCGUGGUAUUGUAUGUCAGUUAACUAGACUGAGGGAUGCGACUUGAAUGAAUUAAAAAAAACAUAGUCUCAAUAUCCAAUAAAAAAAGCAUUUCUUAGUUCGUAGCUAGUGUUCCAUGAGAGAGGAAAUUCUUGAAACGUUAUUAAAAGAUCUAUCGCUAUUUAUUUUCUAUCCCAAAAGAAAUUAUUUUACGGAUUACAUUAAAAUGUGCCCGCUUUCAGCCGCUACAUUCUCAUAAAAAUCCUAAUUAAAAGUUGAGUUAACUACUCACAUUUAACGAUAUGUGUUAUGACCCUCGCAUUACUCGACAAAAGAGUGCGUAAAACUAUACGAUGAGCGUACUGGUGCGAGAGGCGAGCCUUGAGUAAAGCUUAAAGAGUUCAGUAGCAACAUCAGUCCUUGAAAAGAGAAAUUUUAAAUUUCAGAAGUGAUACUGGACUAUAUUCGUUUUGCUCAGCCGCGCUUCCUGUUAUGCGUAAAAAAAACUAUUAAACUACCGCCACUCUUUUAAACGGUCCAAUGUAAGACUAAAAACCAAUGAUGACUUGUCUAUUCGCCUUUUUCGGCGUUUCAAGACAUUUGCAAGAGUCGACUUAGAGUUUUAGGAUUUCUCUCUAAUGGUCUCUGAUCUGAUUGACUUCUCUGAUGACAUUGGUUGCGGUUUCACGACCCGCAAUAAAUUCGCGCUCUCACCCCACAUAACAGCGAUCUCCAACCCUCUCCUCCCCCAGCCCUCUCCACCCACGUAUCAUUAGGGACCUUAAGCAAUCCACGACGACGAGGAUAACGAGGAUCGAAAAACAAAAGAUCUAAUUGGCAGAACAAUAGCUCAGCACGUGCGUCUUAAAACUUUGUACAUUUCUUAGCCGUCCUAUGCAAAACAACAACGUGAAAUCACCACAAUUUGCGUUGUCUGCAGACCGAAACCGCGACGGCAAAUUAUUUUAAUUUCCGUUUGGAACUCAACGCUCCUUUUAUACGUUAUGCGGAAGUUGAGGUGUGGCGCUGUUAGAGACGGUAAACAAAUGCAGCCAUUUUUUAAUUUCUAAUUAAAGGCAGAAAUUCAUUUUUUAAUCGAAUUCUUCCUUGGCGUUGCCGUCCUGAUUGCUUAAGGUCCCUAUUAUUUCCUACGGUUACUUUAGGUCGUGCUGUCCAUAAGCCAUUUGUGAGUCUCACUAUAAGGCGCAUAAACUGUUUUAAGCUUUCAUUUGUUAUUUCUGGGACUUGAUUUCUUUUUUUCAACUUAUUCAACAAUAGAACUGUUGGCUUCUUCUACGAUGAUGAAUAUGUGGGAGAGAAACCGGACGAGAGACUGAGAAGGAGUCCUGUGACGUCAAGACCCUUCAGCAAGAUGCAAGUGAACGAAGAGGGCGAUGCAUCGUAAGUACACAUAAUGCUUUGAGCUCUAGGAAUAGAUAAACUCAGUCAAAAAACUUGCAUAUCUGUUUUAAGUGAUUCGCGCCUGCGUUAUCAGUCUUAUUGUGACCUUUUUUAUUCAAUAGUGGAACAAGAAAAGAGGAUCAAGAGGCGAUUGAACAGGCCUGGAAAGAAGAGAAACAAAAGAUUAACUCAGAUUCGAAUGGAGCACAAUCCUACUCAACCAUAAACAACGGCAAGGAGUAACAAACUUACAACCCCUCACUCUUAGAUUCAUUCCUACACUCAAUUAACAGACUUCAUAUAAAAAUAUCGUAAUAUUUGCAUUUAUUUUGUGUCUUUUCGUUGGAUGCUCGAUUCUAAGUAGCUAGUGUAAUGUUAAAUAAAUGUCAAGAGACACGGAGUAUUAGAUCAAGUACUGUGUGAUAUUGUGGGGCAGGCCCCUAAGCCUUCGAACGAUUCAAAUCCAAUGAAAUUGCAGAGGACAAAAUCACAACUAUAAGGAUAUGAAUAAUUAAUUGAAACAUGGCAGGCACGAAAACUUGAUGCUGAGUAGAUAGAUUUUGCGCCCAGUAGAAGGUGAGAUUUCAGUUCUUUCCUGUGGGUUUGACUUUGGAAAAAUUUAAUAAUUGUGAGGGGAAAACAAGUAAACUUUAUUCUUUGCUUCUGUCACAAAUUUGUCGAUCUUUCUCGGAAGGUCGAGUAUGUGUAAAACUGAGUUGUAGCAUUUUUCAAGAAAAUGGACUACUUUCAGACGUGACGAGCCCAAUUUUUCUCUCGUGUAUAUAGGGCACUGUUCAAUAUUUACGAUUUUCAGUCUAGGACGAGGCCAAGAAAGUUUACUUGCGCGAAAACGUUUGAGUACGUGAUACAAGUGUGCGAGUCCUUUAUGUUUCUAGGCGACCUCUUGCACGCGCAGGAUGCACAUCGAAGCUUUUCGCCGGUGCUAAAAACAAAUGAUCAUCCGGCGAAUGAUAAAAGUUUCCUGGGUUUUUGAAACAGGAUACUUAAUUUUACCUACGCCACAUGAGAAAUUUCCUCGUCUUUGAGAAUUCGAUGUAGAAAGUAGUUUAUAUAAAUUCAAAGUAAAGUAAAUUAAAUUAACUAGGGUGUAAGUCAAAUUCUUCAGCACCGUUCCUUUCACGGUUAUGUAAACGUAGGUGAACGUAAAUAAAGCUAUUUUAUUAGAGUUGUGCUGCAAAAACUAUUUGAAGUUCGUGUGUUAGAAAAUUUCAUAAGAAUAAACUGUAG